AUGGCCGGUGGGCCCGGGCGGCUGCUUUCCCUGGCCCUGGGCUGCCUGGCCGCCUUGGCCGCUCUGGCGGAGCAGCAGCAGCUGCGCUUCAAGCCGGCCCCGGCCCCCACCCCCGUGCGGCUCUUCACCGAGUCCGAGCUCGCCAGAUACAGCGGGCAGGAGGAGGGCCAGCCUAUUUACAUGGCCGUGAAGGGAGUAGUAUUUGAUGUCACUUCUGGAAAAGAAUUUUAUGGGAAAGGUGCCCCAUACAACGCCCUCGUUGGGAAGGACUCAACACGAGGCGUUGCAAAGAUGUCACUUGACCCAGAAGACCUCACUCAUGACACAACAGGACUCACGGAAGAAGAGCUAAAAUCCCUGGAUGAUAUCUUCAAUGAUGUGUACAAAGCCAAAUAUCCUAUUGUUGGCUACACUUCUCAAAGAAUUCUGAAUGAGGAUGGCAGCCCCAAUCAGAACUUUAAACCUGAGGAUCAGCCACAUUUCAGCAUUAGAGAUGAAUUUUGAUGAAGGAUUUAGCAUCCUGAAAAUCCUCAGAUGGACAUUGUAGAACACUGUAUGACUGGGAAACAUUGACUGUUUCUAAGGCAGAAGAACAUUUUCUAUGAAUUAUGUAUCUUUUGUAUUUUUGUUAUCCGUCCCCCCGCCCAAAGAGAAUAAUAGCUGAUUAAUAGUGUAGUGAAUUCCUUCAAGUAGUGAACCAAAUAAAAUUUAAUCAGUGGCACA